AUGUAUGCACACACGCAAAAACUGUCCCGGGCUAGACAGAAAAUAGAAUCGCUCAGGUCUAAUAAGUGGAAAACACUAGCAAAGGUGUGGCUUUUGGACCGCGAACCCCCAAAAGCCAGUGUAAGCAGCUACUUGGCCUCUCGGAUUCUGCGAGUUUCUAGAGCUAGAACCUGUAAUAAGCACAGAGUACCUUCUCUGACAGAAUUUCCAUCACUUCUCAGUUCUGUGCCUGCCAACCACAGGCUGUCCCACCAGGAAUUCAUCCGUAGGAAGCUACGGGCUCCAGGAGUUCUGCCCCAUACUCAUACUUGCAGUGGAGAUUUUAGUUACAAAGCUUGGAAGGAAAUAGGAAGCAUCAAUGAAAAGAAAGGGAAGUCAGUUAAAAGUAUCAGGGAGGAGAAUGGCAGGAGGAUCAUCAUCUUGGAGGGCAAUUGUCUGGAGAGAAUCAACACUCUGACCGGCCCCACCAAUGCCAUCUUUAAGACCUUCACUGUGAUUAUCGACAAGCUGGAAAAAGAUAUCAACAGCUCCAUGAUCAACAGCACAGCGGCCAGCAGGCUCCCAGUCACCCUGAGGCUGGGCCACUCAGUGCGACUCAGCUAGUUGAUUGGGAAAGGUGGGUGUAAGAUCACAGAGAUCCGUGAGAGUACCGAGGCCCAGGUCCAGGUGGCCGGGGAUAUGCUGCCCAACUCCACCUACCCGGCCAUUACCAUUGCUGGCAUGCCGCAGUCUGUCACCGAGUGUGUUAAGCAGAUCUGCCUGGUCAUGCUGGAGAUGCUCUCCCAGUCUCGGCAAGGAACAGUCAUGACCAUUCCGUACCAGCCCAAGCCGGCUAGCUCUCCGUUGGUCUGCGCGGGCUGCCAAGAUGGCUGCAGCGAUUCAGCGGGCUACCCCGACGCGACCCAUGAUCUGGAGGGACCAGCACUAGAUGCCUACUCGAUUCAAGGACAACACACCAUUCCUCAGCUUGAUCUAGCCAAGCUGAACCAGGUGGCAAGACAACAGUCUCACUUUGCCAUGAUGCACAGCGGGACCGGAUUCGCCGGAAUUGACUCCAGCUCUCCAGAGGUGAAAGGCUAUUGGGCAAGUUUGGAUGCAUCUACUCAAACCAUCCAUGAACUCACCAUUCCAAACUUAAUUGGCUGCAUAAUCGGGUGCUAAGGCGCCAACAUUAAUGAGAUCCACCAGAUGUCUGGGGCCCAGAUCAAAAUUGUCUAUCCAGAAGGCUCUUCUGGUAGGCAGGUAACUAUCACUGGUUCUGCUGCCAGUAUUAGUCUGGCCCAGUAUCUAAUCAAUACCAGGCUUUCCUCUGAGAAGGGCAUGGGUUACAGCUAG